AUGAAACAGCUUACUUUCGUGGCGCUGUGCCUUGCACAUGCCGUUGCAGGCCUGACACCCGCUGAAUGGCGCAGUCAGUCCAUCUACUUUCUUCUGACGGAUCGUUUUGGCCGCGGCGAUAACUCCACCACCGCUGCAUGUGACGUCUAUUGCGGUGGGAGCUGGCAAGGAAUCAUCAAUCACCUGGAUUAUAUCCAAGGAAUGGGGUUCACCGCCAUUUGGAUCACCCCUGUCACCGAGCAACUGCCUCAAGACACCGGAGAUGGCGAGGCUUAUCACGGAUACUGGCAGCAGAAGAUAUACGAGGUAAAUACCAACUAUGGUACCGUCGCUGAUCUAGUCAAGCUCUCAAAGGCUCUGCAUGGUCGAGGAAUGUAUCUCAUGGUGGAUGUCGUGGCAAAUGAUAUGGGCUACGAUGGAGCAGGAAAUACUGUUGACUAUAGUGUAUUUGAUCCCUUUGACUCCUCGUCAUAUUUUCAUUCCUACUGUCUAAUCAGCAACUACGACAAUCAAACUAAUGUUGAGGAUUGCUGGCUUGGUGAUACUACCGUAUCCCUCCCAGACCUUAAUACGGACUUGUCCUCUGUUCAGACAAUUUGGUACAACUGGGUCAAAGAUCUGGUCUCAAAUUAUUCCAUUGACGGGCUGCGUAUUGAUACUGUGAAGCAUGUUCAACAAUCCUUCUGGCCCGGUUACAACGAUGCUGCAGAAGUCUACUGUGUCGGAGAGGUCUUGGACGGAGAUCCCUCAUAUACUUGUCCGUACCAAAACUACCUCGAUGGUGUUCUAAAUUACCCAAUUUAUUACCAAUUGCUGUAUGCAUUUGAGUCUUCCAGUGGAAACAUCAGCAAUCUAUACAACAUGAUCAGCUCUGUGGCUGCGGACUGUACAGACCCAACUCUCCUUGGAAACUUUAUUGAAAAUCAUGACAAUCCUCGUUUCGCAUCGUAUACGGAUGACUAUUCUCAAGCUAAGAACGUCAUUGCUUUUGUAUUCCUGUCGGAUGGCAUUCCCAUCAUUUACGCUGGCCAAGAACAGCACUAUAGCGGAGGCAACGAUCCCUACAACCGCGAAGCCACCUGGCUAUCGGGGUAUUCAACAGCCGCCGAGCUCUAUCAAUUCAUCGCCAUCACAAACAAAAUUCGCAGUUUUGCGAUUUCUACGGAUCCAUCAUACAUCACCUCUCGGAAUGAUCCGUUUUACACGGACAGCCACACCCUAGCCAUGAAAAAGGGGUCAAGUGGCUCGCAAGUGAUUACAGUUCUUUCAAACUAUGGUUCCUCCGGUAGCUCAUAUACUCUGACUCUGAGUGGUAGUGGGUACUCCUCUGGAACCGAGCUGAUGGAAAUGUACACCUGUACAUCUGUGACGGUGGACUCUAGCGGAAACAUCGCAGUACCCAUGGCGUCUGGCCUGCCUCGUGUCUUUAUGUUGGCAUCUUCGGCGACUGGCAGUGGAUCAUGUGCGUCUGGCUCGACAACGACGACAGCAUCCACAAUCAUAACGACAGCUACCAGUGCAUCAACCUCCACAAGCAUUUGCACACAGGCAACUGCACUACCAGUUCUGUUUGAGGAGAUUGUGACCACUACUUAUGGAGAAAAUAUCUAUAUAUCCGGCUCUAUCAGCGCACUGGGUGACUGGGAUACUGAUGAUGCCGUCGCCCUAUCAGCAGGCAAGUACACAUCGUCCAAUCACUUAUGGUAUGUUGAGGUGACACUUCCGGUCGGAACUUCAUUCGAAUAUAAAUUCAUGGAGAAGGACGGGUCUUCGGUGGAAUGGGAGAGUGACCCGAACCGGUCAUAUACAGUACCAUCAGGCUGUUCUGGAACUACUGCAACUGUAACGGCUACAUGGAGAUAA